UGGGAGUGUUAGCAUUGGACCUAGGAUUCGUAAAUCUAGGUUGGAUACCUUUUUUGCACCUCGCACUACUCCUGGGUCCCAACAGUCACUUGAGAGCAUGGGUUGGAACAAGGAGGUCCAUGAUGCUGCUAAAAUGGCAGUUGGCAGAUUUUGGAUCUAUGGCAGUAUUCCAUUCUUCACAGCCAGGUCACCUUAUUGGCAAGAAAUGGUUGAUGCCCUUACCAUUUGUGGGGCGGGGUUCAAAGCCCCUUCUGAGUUUGAUUUGAGGGGACCCAUUUUGACUGAAUUGGUGAAUGAUGUGAAGAAAGAAUUGGGUGAUCAACGCCAAAUAUGGAGCACUAAAGGUUGCACCAUCAUGACUGAUGGUUGGACAGACAGGAGAAAUAGAACUCUCCUUAAUUUUCUUGUUUCUUCCGCAGGGGGCACCGUUUUCAUCAAGUCUAUUGAUGCCUCCGCCCAUUGCAAGAAUGCCACCUACCUAUGUGAGCAGAUAGAGGAGGUGAUUAAUGAGGUGGGUGAAGAGAACGUGGUACAGGUGGUGACUGACAAUGCACCAAAUUAUGUUGCUGCAGGCAGACUAUUGAUGGAGAGGCGCCCAUCUAUAGUUUGGACUCCAUGUGCCGCCCAUUGCAUUGACCUCAUGUUAGAGGAUAUUGGAAAACUUCCAUGGGUCAAGACAUGUGUAGAAAAGGCAAGAAAUGUGUGCAAAUUUGUAUAUAAUCAUUCAUGGGUGUUGGCUCUUAUGAGACAAUACACAGAGCAUAAGGAGUUAGCUCGUCCAAGAAUCACAAGAUUUGCCACAAACUUCAUCACAUUGCAGUCCAUGCUUCGUUGUAAGAUGGCCUUGAGACGUAUGAUUGUUGGUGAGGAGUGGUCUUCCUCAUCCUAUGCUGCCACCCCAGCAGGGAAAGAUAUGGCAGACUGCAUUUUUGAUGAGCGAGGCUUUUGGAGCCCUUGUGAUGAGAUAGUGAAGUUUGUUAAGCCCUUGGUGGUUUUGUUGCAAGUUGCGGAUGGAGAAAAGCCCGCAAUGGGCUACAUAUAUGAGGGCAUGGAUAGGGCGAAAGAGGGCAUCAAAUCUAUCUAUGCAGGAGAUGAGAGUAAGUAUGGUCCCAUUUGGCAGAUCAUUGAUAAGAGAUGGCAUCAUCAGCUUCAUAGGCCCAUCCAUGCAGCAGCCUAUUAUUUGAAUCCGGCAUUCCAUUUUAGCCCUACUUUCAGGGCUGCUACGGAGGUCCUUGAUGGGCUAUACUCAGUCAUGGAGAAGAUGGCACCUGUUGGUUGUACUCAGACAGAUCUUAUGCGAGAGCUACAGUUGUUCUCAAAUGCACAAGGGGAGACCUUUUCUCGUCCUAUCGCCAAAGAAAGUAGGACAACUAUGAUGCCAGGUAAAAAUAAAUUGUAAGGCUUAAUUUUAGUUUUAUUGUAUAUUGUUAAAUGAGUU